UGCCCCCUCAUACUAACAACUGGCGCCCUGGGGAAAAAGCACUCUCUGUCGGGUCUAUAUAAUUAGAAAUGCCUAAUAAUGGAGAUUUACCAGGAUGCUGCCUGGUUUAGAAAGUAUGCAUUAUGAUCAGAGAUUAAGGGAGCUCGGGCUUUACUCUUUGGAGAGAAGGAGGAUGAGAGGAGACAUGAUAGAGGUGUACAAGAUAAUAAGAGGAAUAGAUAGAGUGGAUAGCCAGCGCCUCUUCCCCAGGGCACCACUACUCAAUACAAGGGGACAUGGCUUUAAGGUAAGGGGUGGGAAGUUCAAGGGGGAUAUUAGAGGAAGGUUUUUCAUUCAGAGAGUGGUUGGUGCAUGGAAUGCACUGCCUGAGUCAGUGGUGGAGGCAGAUACACUAGUGAAGUUUAAGAGACUAUUAGACAGGUAUAUGGAGGAAUUUAAGGUGGGGGUUUAUAUGGGACGCAGGGUUUGAGGGUUGGCACAACAUUGUGGGCCGAAGGGUCUGUACUGUGCUGUACUAUUCUAUGUUUUAUGUUCUGUCUAAUCCAGGCAGCAUCCUGAUAACUCUUCCUGACACCCCCUCUAAACUUUCUACAUCCUCCCAAUAGUGAGGUGACCUGAACUGGACACAAUACUCAAACAAUGUCUGAAGGGGGCGGAAGGAGUACAGCACAGAAACAGGCCCUUCAGCCCAUCUAGUCCACGCCAAAACCAUUUAAAAUGCCUACUCCCAGCCCAUACACCCUGCCAUCCGUGUAUCUAUCUUACGUGCUGAAAUCGAGCUGAUAUUCACCACUUGCGCUGGCAGCUCGUUCCUCUCUCUGCCGACCCUCUGAGUGAAGAAGUUUCCCCUCACCUUCCCCUUAAACUUCUCGGCUUUCACUCUUAAACCAUUGAGUGGGAAGAUGAGAGCCAGCAUCGGAUUGAGAGGGGCCUGAUUCAGGAACAUGUGCAUGUAGAGAAGUGCAAUGUUAUGUCAUUCUGUGUUUCACACAGUCAGUGAUUACACAACGCCGGGAGACAGACGGAGCGUUCCCUUUAAGGUACUGAGCCAAAGCUGCCGAUAAUAUUGUUGCAGUGUGUCAGUAGCCGUUCACGGGGGGCCACCCCCUGUGCACGCCCUGAAGCAGUGUCAUCGGAACCGAGCAGACCAGUCCUCGGCGUGAGUUUGACAAGUACCUUUGUCUGACAGUUCCUCAGUCCCCGAGACUGCCUACACUUCAUUCAUCGUAAAGCACCGCUGCCGAGGCUGAGAGUAACUUCCUGACUGCCCCGCAGUAGACGAAUAGGAAUGAGCCAAACCAUACCGUAGAUGAGCACCAACAGAACUGUGAACCUGAAAAUAAUCAUCAUUGGCUCUAUGGAUGUGGGUAAAACAGCUCUCCUAAACCGGUAUGUCAACAACAGAUUCAGAGAUGAGUACCAGACGACCAUUGGAGUGAGUCUCCUCACGAAGCGGAUCACAGUGGAUAACGUGGCUGUCAAGCUGCAGAUCUGGGACACGGGUGGUCAAGAGCGAUUCAAAGCCCUGGUGUCCACCUUCUUCAAAGGAUCGGAUGGCUGUGUGCUCACGUUUGCUGUGACCGACCGCGACUCCUUCUACGCCAUGGAGGGCUGGAGGAAUGAGAUGUUGGCCAGAGUGCCAGCAGGCCAGGAGGAGUUUCCUUUCAUUGUUCUGGGCAACAAAAUCGAUGAAGAACAAAUCAGGGAGGUUACAAGUGAAGACGCGGAAGCCUGGUGCAAUGCUCGAAACAUCCCUUACUAUGAAGUGAGUGCCAAAGAGGGCACAAACGUGGACAAAGCCUUCGAGAGGAUCACCCAGGUUGCUCUCUCACAGAUUUCCGAAGAGAAAGACAUGUACUUAACAAACUCCAUCUCCCUGGGAGACCAGGACACAACAGAGAGACGGAAAUGUUGUUGAAUCUUGGGAGUUGAAAGCCAAGGCUCCUCAGAGCUCCUCGUCCAGACCAGAUUUCCAAAAUUGGUGAAAUUAUUCCAACUCAUUCCUGCUCGGACCAGAGCCUCAUGCCGUGGCAUCGCCGGCUACAGCCACCUAGGGGAGGAGCCGCUGGAGGCGGUGUGGGAAAGAACAGAGGUGUGACGAGUACUCUGGAGCUGUUGUCCGUGCUGCAUUGGGGCUGACCCCUUCCGUAGGUGCUGCUCUCCAGUUUUCACUAUGUGGAGGACCAGCUGAUUGCUCGCGGCAGACCCAGCAUGAGACGAGCCGAUUUACUCAACCAGCGCGACAAGAGGAAUGGCUGCGUACUUGUUCAACACACAUCCCAUUCACCAUUAAUCUCCAGGCCAUUUCACUCAGGGACUUGUGCUAACAAUUUUUUUUUUUUUGCGACUGUAUGUGCUGGAUUGUAACUACAUGUGUCGUGUGUGACUGUUUGCGCCCUGCCCUCAGAUGAUUGCGGUUUUAUUUAGUUGUAUACAUGUGUAUGGUUGAAUGACAAUUAAAUUUGGACAGCCCAGAUAUCCAAAACCACUGGCAAUUUACAACCGGUAAAAGAUCUUUUUACACAGAGUGGUGGGUGCAUGGAACACGCUGCCAGAGGUGGUGGUAGAGGCAGAUAUAUUAGGGAUAUUUAAAAAAUCUCUGAGGCACAGAGAUGACAGAAAAUGGAGGGCUAUGCGGGAAGGAAAGGUUAGACUGAUCUUCGAGUAAGUUAAAAGGUCAGCACAACAUUGUGGGCCGAAGGGCCUGUACUAUGCUUUAAUGUUCCAUCUAUGUAAGAUUGACAUUAAGUUGCACUUAUUAACUAUAAAUAUUCUUUUUCACAAGCAACUUAAUGGCAGUCAAUUUAUGUUUCCCAAUCAAUGUUUCCCAACACUGUAAGGAGUUUGUACGUUCUGCCCGUGACUGCGUGGGUUUCCUCUGGGUGCUCCAGUUGCCUUCCACAGUCCAAAAAUGUAUCGAUUGGGAGGUUAAUGGCUCAUUGUAAAUUGUCCCAUGAUUGGGGUUAUAUUGGGGGUUGCUGGGCAUCAGGCUCAAAGGGUCAGACAGACCCAUACCACACUGUAUCCCAAUAAACAAAUAGAAAUAAUAGAUUUAAACAGAUUUUAAAUCCUGGUUUUCAGGUCUUUCUGUGACAUUGCUCACCUUGAUUUCCCGGUAUUCUCUGUUGCACAAUUCGACUCGCUUUGUCCGAACAUCACCGAUAUUUUUCCCAUUGGAAGCCCCACUCUUCCCAGACUCUGUUGUCCAUUGUAUCCGACAAUGGCAGUUAGAUUUGUGCAGUUUGUGGAUGAUGUUAACUGCAGGAAGAAACCUGUACGGGAGAGUGUUUUAAGUGGAAAAGCUGCUGCACCGGGACAUUUCCACUCUCUUGACCUCAGAAGUCCAUUGGUGCAGGUAGUCGUCACAUCUGAGGGCUUUCCUAGUUACGGUAGAUGACCAUGAAUUCUUCUGUGCCUUGGCAUGCCCUUCGCUCUCCACAAGGUAUUACCGAACUGACUUCCUGGCCGUUGGAUCUGAUUGUAGAUUUCAUCCACCCAUUCUGCCGGAGCUGACGCCACAUGCUAGGACAGGAGGCCCCUACCUCAGUAAGGUGAGAUGCCUGCCAGUUACCCUCACCUGGUUUAGCCCACCUGGUGAAGCAGUAACAGGUCUCUGCUGUUUCUUCCCUUAAAUCUUCCUGCUUCAAAGUUCUGUGUUCUUCAAAUGCCAAACUUACUCUUUGAUCAAACAUUUAUUUAACCUUCUGGCUUCUUUCCCUGCCCUGGUGAAGGGUCUCAGCCUGAAAUGUUGGCUUGUUAUUCCUCUCUAUACAGUAGUUUUGCCUGACCUGCUGAAUCCCUCCAGCAUUUUGUGUGUGUUGCUGAAGAUUUGCAGCACCUGCAGAAUCUCUUGUGUUGUUGAAAGCAGACUGCUGGAUCUAUUAAACUGAUCAUGAGGAAUAAAGUUAUGCCUCAAUAUUAGAGGGAGGCGAAUAUUGUCCCCUUGUUCAGAAAAGGUAGUAGGGGUAGUCCGGGUAAUUAUAGACCAGUGAGCCUUAUGUCUGUGGUGGGAAAGCUGUUGGAAAAGAUUCUUAGAGAUAGGAUCUCUAGGUAUUUAGAGAAUCAUGGUCAGAUCAGAGACAGUCAGCAUGGCUUUGUGAAGGGAAGAGCAUGUCUAACAAGCCUGUUAGAGUUCUUUGAGGAGGUGACCAGGCAUAUAGAUGAGGGUAGUGCAGUUGAUGUGAUCUAUAUGGAUUUUAGUAAGGCAUUUGACAAGGUUCCACACAGUAGGCUUAUUCAGAAAGUCAGAAGGCAUGGGAUCCAAGGAAGUUUGGCCAGACAGAUUCAGAAUUGGUUUGCCUGCAGAAGACAGAGGGUUGUGGAGGAGGGAGUACAUUCGGAUUGCAGGGUUGUGACUAGUGGUGUCCCACAAGGAUCUGUUCUGGGAUCUCUACUUUUCGUGAUUUUUUAUUAACAACCUGGAUGUGGGGGUUGAAGGGUGGGUUGGCAAGUUUGCAGAUGACACAAAGAUUGGUGGUGUUGUAGAUAAUGUGGAGGAUUGUCAAAAAUUGCAGAGAGACAUUGAUAGGUUGCAGAAGUGGGCUAAGUGGCAGAUAGAGUUCAACCCAGAGAAGUGUGAGGUGGUACACUUUGGAAGGACAAACUCCAAGGCAGAGUAUAGAGUAAAUGGCAGGAUACUUGGUAGUGUGGAGGAGCAGAAGGAUUUGGGGGUACAUGUCCACAGAUCCCUGAAAGUUGCCUCACAGGUAGAUAGGGUAGUUAAGAAAGCUUAUAGCUUUCGUAAGUCGAGGGGUAGAGUUUAAGAGUCGCGAGGUAAUGAUGCAGCUCUAUAAAACUCUGGUUAGGCCACACUUGGAGUACUGUGUCCAGUUCUGGUCGCCUCACUAUAGGAAGGAUGUGGAACCAUUGGAAAGGCUACAGAGGAGAUUUACCAGGAUGCUGCCUGGUUUAGAGAGUAUGCAUUAUGAUCAGAGAUUAAGGGAGCUAGGGCUUUACUCUUUGGAGAGAAGGAGGAUGAGAAGACACAUGAUAGAGGUGUACAAGAUAUUAAGAGGAAUAUAUAGAGUGGAUAGCCAGCCCCUCUUCCGCAGGGCACCACUGCUCAAUACAAGAGGAUAUGGCUUUAAGGGGUGGGAAGUUCAAGGGGGAUAUUAGAGGAAGGUUUUUUACUCAGAGUGGUUGGUGCCUGGAAUACACUGCCUGAGUCAGUGGUGGAGGCAGAUACACUAGUGAAAUUUAAGAGAGUACUAGACAGGUAUAUGGAGGAAUUUAAGGUGGGGGGUUAUAUGGGAGGCAGGGUUUGAGGGUCGGCACAACAAUGUGGGCUGAAGGGCUUGUACCGUGCUGUACUAUUCUAUGUUCUAUGUUGAAUCUUGACUUCCAAAGAACCUUUGGAUCACAAAUACAUCAGGAUCCAGCAGAAACCUCUUGUGAUCCUAUACAUUGGCACUUUUGUACAGCGAUUCAAUCAGUCAGAGUGCUGUCUUCACAGCACAUCUGUAGAAAUUUGCUAGAGGCUUUGGUGACAUACCAAGUCUCCUCAUACUCUUAAUGAAGCAUAAGACAUAGGAACAUUAUUAGGCUAUUCAGCCCAUUGAGUCAUCUUUGCCAUUCAACCAUGGAUGAUUUAUUUUCCCUCUCAAAAUCUUUCUCCUACUCUCCUGCUAACCUUUGACCGACCAACUACUCAAUAAUUCUCCUGCCAUUUUGAUGGAAACAACUCAUCUUGCUAUCUAAACAAUGCUACAUUAUGGUUAAUUUUGUUGGGAUCUCUGUUUCUUUCAAGUAUUUAGUUCUUGGGGAAAAUCCAGGUGCAUUUGAUAUAUCCAACCAUGCAAUAUUUGUUUUAACUCUGCAAACACAGGGCUGUAGUGUUGUGAAACAGAAAGGGUUGGUCACAGACCAGAGAAAUUACCGAAUGUCACAAUAAUCAUUUCCUGGUCAUUAAGCUGCUAUAAAUCUUCCCCAAAAGCUACAAAAUGUUUCAAAUUCUGUAAUGAAUAUGUCCCAAUUUUUACUGUUGUAUGCUGUAAUUGUAAUUGUUCUUAAAACAUGCUGGACAACAAUGAUUUUGCUUCCUGAAUACUUUUGGGUAUAUCUUAUGGAUUUUUGGCUGAUGAUCAUGAAGAUGACUAUGAAAUUUCCUUAUCACAUGCCCUUUUUUAAAAAUUGCCCAUAUUUGUUAUUUCAUUUCAUAAUUCAAGUCAGAAUAACUGAUGCCAAGAUAAAGGAAAACAUUUUAGUUGGUCCACAAAUCAAAUAGGCCAUUAAUGACAGGGAAUUCAAAGAACUUCCAGUGGGGAUGGAGAAAGUUACAUGGAAGGCAUUAAAGGAUGUUGUUGAAAAUUUUCUUGGCAGCUACAGAGCACCAAACUACAUGCAGCUGGUUAACAACAUGAUUCAUGCAUACAAAAUCAUGAAGUGCAGCAUGUCACUAAAGUUUAGACUUCCCUGCAAUUCUUGAUGCUGUCAGUGACAAGCAUGAUGAAAGGUUUCACCAGAACAUUGCGGUCAUGGAGAAAUGGUAUCAGGGCAGGGAAUCAAUUAAUGCUGGCUGAUUAUUGUUGAACACUUAAGUGAAAAGCCUUGGACACUGAGUACAAAUGAAAAUCAUCAACAAAACAUUUUUAGCUUACUUGAACAAUUGCAAAGCAUCAGCACCAUUAUGCAAUUAAACUCAUUAUAUUCAAUAAAAGUUAAUUUCUUGUUUCUCCAAAUUCCUACAUGAUACAAAUACUCUAAAAUUAUGUUUGUGUUCAGCUUCAAGCGGUCUAUCAUAAAAAAUUAAAAUUCUGA